AUGGAUCACAAAGCCAAUAAUCCCUCUAGCUCGAAUUGUAACUACUUUCAGGGAGUUCUUGACUACAUAAACCAAAUGCUUAUGGAAGACGAUGAUUUGGAGAACGGGAGUUUUGUAUAUCCAGACUUGUUGGCUCUCCAGGCUGCUGAAAAAUCUCUAGGUGAUGUUCUUAACGCUGAAGAAUCAAGUGGCAAUGAUGGCGGCCGGCGAUUUCCAGAUAGACCAAGGGAGAAGAGACACCGUUGUGGAGAAGACAUUAAUGGUGUGGAAGCCGGGAGAAGAAGAAGAUGCAACAAUAAUAAUGUAGCGAGAGACGAAGAGCAAGUGCAGAUAGAGAUGUAUAAUGGCAUCAAGGGGCUGUGUUAUUGCAGAGAAUUGGAUGCGUCAGCAAAGCGCGUUGUUCAGCCGAGAGUGACGGCGAGACGAGGGAGGCCACGCGCCGGCGAGCGGGGAGGCAAUGGAAAGGGGGAGGUGGAUUUCGCGGGCCUUUUAAACCUGUGUGCACAAGCCGUGGGGGGCGAGGAUUUCAGGACGGUGAAUGAACUCCUGGGCAGAAUCCGACGACAUUGCUCCCCUCACGGCGGUGCCGCCGAGAGGCUGUCGCAUUAUUUCGCUAAAGCCCUGGAUGCGCGCUUGGCCGGCACCGGCGCAGCGCUAUACACUGCGAACAGAGCAUCCCUUGCAGAUACACUGAAAGCCUAUCAGAUGUAUUUCACCGCAUGCCCUUUCAAGAAACUGUCCAACAUGUUCGCCGACAAGUCAAUCGGGAAAUUGACGAUGGAGGCAACCAAGAUUCACAUAAUUGACUUUGGUAUAUCGCAUGGCUUUCAAUGGCCGUGUUUGAUUCAGGGUCUGUCUCGGCGGCCGGGCGGACCUCCCGCGCUUCGUAUCACCGGAAUAGAUCUUAAUGCUGAGGCUACAGGGCGUCAUCUAUCUUACUAUUCCAACAAAUUCAAUGUCCCUUUCCAAUACACCGCCGUGACGAAGAAAUGGGAAACUAUUUGUUCAGAGGAUGUUAGGAUUGAAAGGGAUGAAGUUCUGGUGGUGAACUGUUUAUACAGGCUACAAGACGUUCCAGACGAGAUAGCAUCGGAAGAGAGUCCUAGGGACACGGUCCUUAACUUCAUCAAACAACUGAAUCCCCAGGUUUUCAUGCACGGAGUCGUGAGUGCAUCGUACAACGCCCUUGUAUUCUCCACCCGGUUUCGCGAGGCGAUCUUCCAUUUCUCGUCCCUGUUCGACAUGUUGGAGGGGACGGUUGGUGGGGGAGAUGAAGGGAGAAUGGUGUACGAGAGAGAGAUUCUUGGACGGGAGAUUAUGAACGUGGUGGCGUGCGAAGGGGCGGAGAGAAUGAAGCGGCCGGAGACGUAUAAGCAGUGGCAAGAAAGGAUUCAGAGAGCUGGGUUUGAGCAGAUGUUGCCGGAUGGGGAUAUCAUGAGACAAGUGAGGGCUAAAGUGAUGGAUUACAGCAAUGAUUUCUUCGUGGAAGAAGAUGGAAAGUGGAUGUUGCAGGGGUGGAAGGGUCGAGUUAUCUAUGCAACCUCGUCUUGGAAGCCUGUCAUCAAUCACUGA